AUGGGUGCAGAAUAAUCUGUGGCACAAGGAAUUGUUUAAUCAAAGAACUUUAAGAUACUGGGUUAUAAGGAAAAUGAAAUAUAUGGAUCAUUCAAAUUAAUUGAAUCCUAAUCAAAAUAAUACGCUAUGAUUUCUAAGACUUGUUAGAGUUACGAAGAGUACACCAGUUUAUGUAAGAUACUCAAUGAAACUAAAUCGCUGAAUGAAAUUGAUCAUUUAGUAAAGUUGGUAGAGGUUGAUACUCAAGAAGAAACCAAUUUAUGUAGUACUUAUUAUAAAGUCACUGCCUUAUUUGAAUAUUAUGAUAUUACAUUAAGGCAGAUCUGCAAAUAGGCAUCAAUAAAUUGCUUAUUUGUUUUAAAGGGUUUGGCAGAGACUUUGAGUAAUUUAUACAGACACAACAUAGUGCAUGGAAAUUUAACUCCAGAUCAUGUUUUAAUUGAAAAGAUAUAGGGUGAGGUAAAAUUGAAUAAUUGCACUCAAUUAACUGGAUAUAAUCAUUAUAAAAGAAUUUUGUCAGGUGAUACUCUAUGGUAUUUAUCACCAGAAUUGCUAACUGCUUUAGGAGGGAAGGAACUCAGACCUUAAUAUAAUCACGAGAAGAAUGAAGUAUUCCAAUUGGGUUUGAUAGCUUUGGAGUUUUGGGGAAGUGGUAAUAUUCAAGAGAUAUAUGAUAAAUAUAAUUACAGAAUAAACGAAGGUAUAUAUAAUGUAUAUGUAUGAUAGAUGCGAUAUAAUCAAUGAUAGAGGAGUUUGGAGUGAGAAAUGGAUAAGUGUUGAAGAAUGUAGUAAAGUAAAUGUUAUAGGCAGACCCGAAUUGUAGACCAUCCAUGACUGAAUUGAAUUAAUCCUUCACUUAACUAUUUCAGAUUCAGUAANUAAUAAUUAUUAUUCUCUAAAUUACUUAAGGAUGA